GCUGGGUGCCCAGCCCGGAGCUCGACCUUUCAGCUGGUGCGGCUCAGCUCUGCGGUGUUUUUUUUUUUUUUUUUUUUUUUUUAAACCGCGGAGCCUCCGGCUCAGAGCAGGCCUCCGUACACACCCAGGUCCAACCCCGACUGGAGCGACGAUGCGCCUCAUUCAGAACAUGUGCACCAUUGCCGAGUACCCUGCCUCGGGCAGCGCCGCGGGAGCAGAGUGCUGUCUGGGAGCGGCGGGUCGCCGUCUGGUCAAAAUCGCGGUGGUGGGGGCCAGCGGUGUGGGCAAGACCGCUCUGGUGGUCCGCUUCCUCACCAAACGGUUCAUUGGCGAUUAUGAAAGAAAUGCAGGUAAUCUCUAUACCAGACAAGUUCAAAUUGAAGGUGAAACACUGGCUAUUCAGGUCCAAGAUACUCCAGGUAUUCAGGUCCACGAGAAUGGCUUGAGCUGCACGGAACAGCUGAACCGGUGUAUCCGCUGGGCUGACGCUGUGGUCAUCGUGUUCUCCAUCACAGACUACAAGAGCUAUGAACUCAUCAGCCAGCUCCACCAACACGUGCAGCAGCUCCAUCUGGGCACUCGGCUGCCAGUGGUGGUUGUGGCCAACAAAGCUGACCUGCUUCACGUCAAGCAGGUGGACCCCCAGCUUGGACUGCAGCUGGCCAGCAUGCUGGGCUGCUCAUUCUAUGAAGUGUCCGUCAGCGAGAACUACAACGACGUCUACAAUGCCUUCCACGUCCUCUGCAAGGAAGUGAGUCACAAGCAGCAGCCCAGCAGUACACCAGAGAAGCGCAGGACCUCACUCAUCCCCAGGCCCAAGUCCCCCAACAUGCAGGACCUGAAGAGGCGGUUCAAGCAAGCCCUGUCUGCCAAAGUGCGGACUGUCACUUCAGUUUGAAGCAGGGGCACUCCAGGGGGCUUGGUUUUCCCAGGGAGAGGGCCUAGGGUUCUUCCAGUGCAGGAACUCUGAAUGCUGGCAGUGAUUCUUGUUCCAGAAAGGGCUGGAGCACAGGGCCAGGAGGGCCUGCGGAACUGCUGCAGCCACAGAAGGGCUGAUCUGAGCAGGGGGACAGAACUGAGGAGGCUUGAAGGAGUCCCCACUGUCACUCUGAAUCUGUGAAAUAUACCUCACAGUUGUUUUUUUCUGGGAUGCAGAGGGGGGAGUCUGUUGCUUUGGGUUUUGUUCUUUACUUCCAUGUAAAUUGUGGUCCGUUUGUAGUUUCACCAAAUAUACUGAUGUGAUGUGAGUGGGAAUGAAAGAUCAGAUGAGACUCUCAAGGCUACCCUCCCUUUCUCCUUCCCCUCCCCCACACCCCAAGAGGAAGAAUUGCUUUUUUCUGAGAAGUUUGAUUCGCAUCUCUGGAAGACUAUUCCUUAAAGAAUGUUUCUAACCUAAAGGGUAUCCAUAUAUAUUUUUAAAGAUCAAGGGAGAAGCUACCCUCCUCCACCACCCCAUACACGAAGAGUGGAGUUUGUGGGCCCAGAUGUGGGUACAGACAUCUGGAAGCUCAUAGGCUUCUGACUCAGCAUGAGAAUACUUAGUUGGGCAUAUGCUGAGUGGUUAAGAACUUAAAUUCCUUAGCCCUAGACUUUAAGUAUUUAUGCUACUGUGUCUUAACAAAAAACAAAAACUUAUAGCAGGUACAGGAAAAAGAAAAAAAAAGUAUCCAUUGAUUUGGGUGUGAUUUGUGUAAACGGCACAUGGCAGUGACGUUGGGUUGCUCCCUAGGCCCGGCUGAGUCGUGGAGUUGUGGGUGGCUGAGAUAGGAAAACACUAUGUUCCAGCAAGUGACCGGAUGAGGAGGGCCCUGCCCAAACCCCUACACAGAUGCACUUUACAAAGCCACUCAUGCUUUGGCAUGAACUGUAAUUAAUUUAUUUUAUGUACAAUAAAUCUCAUUUUGAAAGCA